CCCUUCCCUGGCGUUGUCGCUGAUCGAUACUGUCAGUUAUGCCGCGUUCCAUUGUUUUUGUAGCUAUUCUAAUUGAUAUUUGAUUUCCCCGAUUCACUGCCGUGUUACGAUGCGAUUACAUUGCCAUAUUUCGCACGGUUCUUAACAAGAGCGGCAGGCCGGCCGGCGCAGGCACUUGUCCGAGCGGCCUUCCGAACCACAACAACUGCUGCGUUCCGGAUUUACACUUUGCCUCUCAGGGUCCAAAUACAACUCCUUGUAUUCCUGGAGCUCCAGCCACCACCUGUCCUGAAGCCCUCGUGCCUGGCAGUUUCUUCGUUGGACCAUUGAAAAAGAAAGGAAAAAAAUCGCACUUGUCAAUUUAACCAAAGAUUCUGCUGCCAUGUCGCAGAGCAUGUUGACAGGAAUGGAGAACUCAGCCGUGACAGUGCUGAAGAGGGCUGUUGAAUUGGACAAUGAUUCCCAUUUGCAAGAUGCAUUGAUUUGCUAUCAGGAAGGCAUCCAUCUUCUUAUGGAAGUGUUGAAAGCUACAAAAGAUGAAGCAAAAAAAGUCCAUUAUCGAAAGAAGGUAACAGACUACAUGGAUCGAGCAGAAAAAAUUAAAGAACAGCUGAAUUACCUCAAAGAAAAAGGAAAAUAUCAUGAGCAGAUCAAAAUUCCAGAAGAUGCUACUGGAUUUAGUUACGAAAAGUUGUUCAAACCAUAUCUGGAUUCUUUUGUUACUGAGGUCUGGGUAGAAGAUCCGUACAUCAGGCAUGUUCAUCAGCUGUACAACUUCCUGAGAUUCUGUGAGAUGCUUAUAAAAGGACCUUGCAGUGUGAAAACUAUCCAUCUGCUGACUUCACUUGAUGAUGGUAAUAACUCGCAGCAGACCAGUGGUCUUGAGGAAAUAAAACAGUCAUUGCAGAGUUACAAGAUAAUGUUGGAGAUAAAAUAUUCCUCGUCAAUACAUGAUCGAGAAAUCAGAUUCAACAAUGGGUGGAUGAUCAAGAUCGGAAGAGGAUUGGAUUACUUUAAAAAAACACAGGGCCGAUUUUCCAUUGGUUACUGUGAUUUUGACCUGAGACACUGUCAUGAAACUACAGUCGACAUUUUCCAUAUCAAGCAUACAAAGAAUUCAUAAUUAGGAGAACCGACUAUUCUGAUGAUUUUAUUACUGUUGUGUUUGAAAGUUAUGUUUAAAAGAUUUAAAUAUUUUGUAAUUAUUAAGUUACUAUCACUUGAAUACUUGGCACACUGAAGAAGUGAUUUCUUAUCAUGACAAUAAACUGAAGAUACUG